UGGGACUGCAAUGCUCCAAGGCAGGACUUCCAAGUAGCACUGGCCAAGAUGAGCAGCCAUGUUGUGUAUGAGUGGUCCGGACAAAGCUGUCUGAAGAGUUUGUCACAGAGCAUUACAGGCCAAAGGUAGCAACAACAUGCUGGGGUGGAGGAGGAGCCAUGUUUGUUUACAGUGGACAAACGCCACAGAGGUGGAAGCGAACCUGUGUGUGACGACGAACAUUUGGACAAAAGUUGAUGGAAGAGUGGUAGUGUGACGCCGCCUUUAGUUUACUUUCCAGCUCAGCAGCUGUGUGGCAUUGCUUGAACAACUAUGCUUACCUGGAUGCCACCUUCCUUGCCGAGAGACUUCUGGCUGAGGUGGAUUCAGAUGAGGCCCUGCACCUGGUGGCCACUUCUUACUACCGCUCAGGAAAGCCAGGUCGCGCCUACUCGGUGCUGCGGGCAAGAGGCACCCGCACCCCUCAGCUCAGGUUCCUCAUGGCGAGAUGCUGCUUUGAUCUCUGCAAAUUGGAGGAGGCAGAGACGGUGCUUACGGGAGGCAGCGUCCUGUACCCUAAGACAGUGGAUGAGCUGACCACAGAGUAUGGGGACCUGGCCUGCUUCGCGCUGCAGCUCCUCGGUGUGAUCUGUGCCCGCACCGAACGGCUGGCCAGGGCUGUGGAGGCCUUCCGCAGGUCCCUCAAGCUGAACCCCUUCCUGUGGCAGUCCUUUGUGGCUCUAUGUGACCAGGGCGACAAGACUGACCCUGCUAAGGUGUUCCGAUUGGACGGCCUGGAGAGCUUCAGCAAUUGCCAUGGCAACACGGUGCUCACCCUGAUGAACAGCGCCCCGCCACUGGGUGGAGGUGGAGGCGGCAUCACCGACCCCAUCCUCACCACCACCACUACCACCACCACCACCACCACCACACUCAGCAGUGUAUCGGUGAACAGCCAGCAGGAGCCCAUCACCCAGACCCCAACCCUUGUCCCCACGCACCCCACCUCCACCCCAAAUAACCUCCUGCCCGUUGCCCACACCCCAACGCUCGCCCUCACCACCCCAUCCCCUCUGAACACCCCUGUGGCCGUCACUGUCACCCCCACGCCAGACCGCGGGCCGGGUAUAGGCGGUGAUGGGGGUGACGGAAUACUCCAGGCCCCAAAGAAGAAGAAGCUGGUGAGAGUACGCAGUGUGAUGGGCGGCACUGUCAGUCUGAGCCCCCUGUCACCGAGUUUUGGUGUCCUGCCCUUAGACACUGGAACGCCAGUCUGUGAGGAGCACCCUGCCCUCUUAAACACCUCUGUGGCCUUCCUCACGUCCUCUCCGCUAUCCCUGUCGCAGCUGGACACAGAACCCAAUGCCAAAAUACCAACGCCGCUUAGUAAAAGGAUACUGUGCCGCAAGACCAAGGACUCUCCCCUGGUGCUCAACAAGCCAGCAGUGUUUGCUCCAGCAGGCAACAACAGCAACUUCCAGAGUCCUCCCAGCGGCCAACCCAAUCCUAAUGUCCGCCGUUCCUCUCGUCUCUUUGGCAACAGUAAUUCCGUCAAGGAAAACAACAAGUCCCCUGCCAGGAAGACCAAAACGAGAUCCCCCAAGAGCCAAUCCAGUCUGUCAGAACUCAAUGAGAAGAACAAGAGUGAGAACCAAGACAUUAUUUCCACCACCGACAAGCCGUACCCUGAGAAACCCCCCUCCCCGCAGAGCCUCGCCCAGCAGGCCUUUGCCAUCCAGAAGCAGUCGGCAGAGGGGCUGAUGGCACUGCUGAGGGACAUGGGAGCAGCGUACCAGCAGCUCGCCCAGUAUAAUUGUGAGAAGGUCAUUGAGCUGCUCAGUGCCCUUCCCACACAGCACUACCGCACAGGCUGGGUACUCUCACACAUCGGAAAGGCCUACUUUGAGAUGAACGAUUACCAGCAAGGUGUCAAGUUCUUCAGUGAGGUGCGGGAGUGUGAGCCACAUCGGCUGCACCUUAUGGAAUACUACAGCACUGCACUUUGGCACCAGCAGAAGGAAGUUCAGCUCUCUGCCCUUGCCCAGGAUCUUGUGGAGGAGGAUCGUGAGUGUCCCCAAGCCUGGUGUGCUACAGGGAACUGCUUCUCCCUCCAGAAGGAACACGAGGCAGCCAUCAAGUUUUUCUCCCGGGCCAUACAGGUGGAUCCUAACUUUGCCUAUGCCUACACCUUGCUGGGUCACGAGCACAUAGCCACGGAGGAGCUGGACAACGCCCUCAGCUGCUACAGGAGUGCCAUCAGGGUGGACCCACGUCACUACAAUGCUUGGUAUGGCAUUGGUCUGGUGCUGUUCAAACAGGAGCGGUUUGCUCAAGCUGAAUUCCACUUCAGGAAAGCACUGAGCAUCCACCCACACAGCUCAGUACUCAUGUGUCAUGUUGCUGUGGUGGAGCACGCCCUUCAGAAGAGCAGUGCUGCCCUGGCCACGCUGAACCGGGCACUGGCGGUGGACCCUCGCAACCCUCUGUGUAAAUAUCACCGUGCCUCCAUCCUGCACGCCACCGACCGCCACCAGGAGGCCCUGGCUGAACUCAACCACCUGCGGGAGAUUGUGCCCAAGGAGUCCAAUGUGUACUUCCUACUGGGAAAGGUCCACAAGAAGCUGGGGCAGACACAUUUGGCUCUUAUGAACUUCUCAUGGGCCAUGGAUCUUGACCCCAAGGGUGCCAACAACCAGUUCAAGGAAGCCAUUGACCCCGCCAUCAACCGUUUCCCCGUCGAUGACGAUGACACCACGAACAACAACCCACACGACAACUGCAGUGAAGGGAGCUCCCUGGCACCGGCCGAGCCCUCCCAGGAGUCCCUGAUCCUUGAGCCGCAGCAAAUACCCAAUGCCGAGAGCCUCAGUGACGAUAGCCUAUAAUAGCGGGAGGCAUAGGCUCGUCAAUUUCUCUUUUAUGCGUUAGCCUACUACAGUGGGAGGGAGGGAGGGGGAAAUACCUGGUUUUCUUUUCUUUUCCUCUUUCUUUUAAUAAUCAGAAAGGUGGGGGCUCAGUGCCACAUCUCUGGUAAAUUACUGUAGCCUAUCCCACUGGAGAAGAGUGCAUGGUUGUGUGUGUGUAUGUGAGAGAGAGAGAGAGAGAGAGAGAGAGAGAGGGAGGCUGGAGUACAAAUAAAUCUGGGGGGAAAGCAGUAGUGCAGGAAAGCUGUGUGUUGUGUUCCUGCCAGCCCUGCCACAGGACACUGAAUCGCAUCCCACACUGACCAACACAAGGUGUGGACCGCCCACAGCCCACUGUGGGUGGUUGGUUCGUAAGGCAGCUCCAGUGUGUGGGUGGUGAGGGAGACUGGGCCUGGGCAGCACAGGAGGGCAGGGCACCACUGCCAGGCUGAGGGAGGCAGUCGGUGGGAGGACAAGGGAGUGAGGGACGUGCUCUCUCUCACCUUCAUCCCCCCACUCACCUUGCUCCAGAUGGAACAUGUUGAGGUGUUUUCCAUUCUACACAAGGUGGCAUCAGGCAUAGCAUGGUACACAGAGGCAUCUCUGAGAUAAAUGUAUGUGACAUGUAAAUUUUAUUUAUGUUCCAUAAAUAUAUAUAAACUGAGAAGCUUAAAAUUGACAAGGUAUUGGUCCAGUUGAUGGUAUACCCACUGUGCUGUGCUGCACCAGACACCUGCUGGGUCAAGUCUUUGUGAAAUUGAACUGUUCUACUGUGUGUGUGUGUGUAUAUAUAUAUAUAUAUAUAUAUAUAUAUAUAUAUAUAUAUAUAUAUAUAUAUAUAUAUAUAUAUAUAUAUAUAUAUAUAUAUUUGUGUAUAUAUGUAUGUAUAUAUGUGUAUACACAGUGCAUGUAAAUUAACAUUUGUUAUACCAGAUUCUAGUCCUAGGCUGCUGUUGCCACUCGAGUGAGGAUGCAGUAACUGGUCUGACAGUUACAAAGCAGUUGAUGCCAAGCAUUGAUCUAUGCCUUGUGAUUUCCUACCCAGUGUGUGACUGAUUAUUAAAUGUUGUUAGACUCUUCAGUGUUUUGUAAAUAGAGAAUAAAACCACCUCUGUUGUAUGCUGUAGUGAGAGGCAUUUAUUUAUGGGAUAGUAAGUAUUCACUCCAGAAGACACGCUAUCACAGGAGCCUCAAGUGGCGGCGGUAGCAGCGGCUGUGGUGGUGCAGUGCCUGGUGGGGAGCCAGUCCGCAGAGGUCUCCUCCUCACCCUUGUGCUCCACACCCUCCUUGUGUGGCUUACCCAACCUUCCUUGUUUGGUCAGUGCCAUCAUUGUGUGCUGCCUUGGAUCCGACUCACAAUGCCAGUACUGAGUGUGUCCAAGGACAAGCAGCCUUCGCAGUGGUGGUGCCGAAGAGAGCUUGGUAGAAGUGGCAUUGUGUGCAGCCGUGUUUUGGGUUCUGGCAGGGUUUGGUUGGGAAGGACACUGCUCUGCCAGGUUGCCGCUGCUCUUGUCCCGUGUAUGAGUCGUCAGAGUAAUACUGCUGUGUCUUGAGGGAGUGACCAAGUUUAGUGUUUUUGUACAUACCAGGUUGACCUCACAUGAUGAUGUCUCUCUGAGGUGUGACCACAUGAUGUUUGUACAUAAUCUCUCUUGCCUGAGAAGUGCUUCUUACCUCAGAGCAGUGGAUCCACAUGCAUGCACAUCCCCUUGGCACACUACUUAGUGUCCAGCCGGUGUUGCUAGUGUAGAGCACCAGCCUUGGCUGCUGCCUGUAGAAGCACCAGCUGUGUCAAAUAAUUUCCCUGGGAUGUGCCAAAAGCCUGUAUGAAUGUGUAUAUUGUGUUUAAGGGCAUUACAAGUCUUGCAUGUGUAGUCACCAUUCAGGCAGUGGUUCAAGAGACCAAGGAAGUGUGGCCAGCCUAGCUCAGACCCACAGGGAUCCCACAUGUGCAAUAUUUAUCUGUUAAUUGCUUUUUCGCCAAAACUGCUUACAUAAAGGUAGACAUUGACGGUGGAGGAGGAACCGUGUACAGGCAGGCAGAUUCAAAAGUCCAGAUUUGUUUGUAGUUUUAAUGUAUCUCAGGGGUGUGGUUUUCUUUUACUUGUAAUAUAAAGAAAGGGUGGCAGGUGUCUCUUACAGUAGUUAAUUCGUUCUUCACCAGAAACUCAGGAGUCGUAUUGACCACUCUAGUUUAUUACCGACAUGGUCGUUGCUUGUGCUUCUAUUUGACUAAACAGGUAAAGAGAUUAAUGGGUUAUUCAUUGAUUAACAUGUGAAGGUUUUUAUCUCAGUAUUCACCAAUAGCUUCAUAAUGUGUUUUCAGGGUGCUAAAAAACCUCAAAAUCUUCAAGAAAUUUUUGUGGGAUAUAUAGUAUUCAAAUUGAUGUGUGUUGACAAUCAAGCCAUCACAGAAUGUUUGUUUCCGUUGAGGACAGGUGAUGGAUGGCGGUGGUGGUGGUGAUGGUGGUGUGAGUGAGUGGGUGUGUGCAGUCACUGCACUACACAUCAAGACAAGUUAACACCUUUAUUCAAGCAGACAUGCUUGCAUCUUUUGUUUUGUAUGAGGAACUACCAUGUCCAUUUGAGCACUGGAGGUUCAGUAUUACUUGAAGGUCUUAUUGAUACGGCAAUAAUGUUUGUCAUGUAUGUCCUUGGGGCUGCAGGUGCAUCUGUUUCUUGUACUGAUUGACAGAGAGGAAUAUCUGUACUGGGAAAUUUGUAAUUGUUUGCCAGGUCUAAGAAUUGUGGGCCUCAUUUGACUUUUUUUAUUAUUAUUAUUAUUAUUUUUAUUUUAUUUUUUAUUUAUUUAUUUUUUUUUUUUAUAUAUCCUUCAGUGUGAAAUGAUGUUCCAAAAGUGUUGAUGUUUGUACAUCUCUAUGAAAUUUGUGAAAAUGUUAGAUUUAUUCUUGCUCAAUUUGUUGCACCAUUUCUUUUAAUUUAUGUGAAGCACUUUUUGUUCUUUGUUUUCUUGCACAGGUCAUUUUGAUCUGCAUAUUGCUAAGCGGGCUGGCUGGGUUUUAUAAAGAGCAAUUCAUACUCAUGUAUGUAGUAAUAAGUUUGAAAAUUCAGUAGUAGUUUUGAUUCUUGUAGAGAGAAAGGUAAAUCAUGUCCCAUGACUGUUAUGAGUGAAUGGAUGACCCAACCCCUGUGUCAUGCUUGUCCCCAGCAACCUGGAAGUGCGUCACUGGCUGUGGCAUGGUGUGGCUGCUGUCUCCCCUGCACAUUAGAGAGGAGGAGCUGCCCUGUAUUCAUGGCCUGCAGGAGAGGACCCUUCCAAACUAGUUUGAACCAUCAUUGUUAUUAGUGUUACUUGGUCUUCCAGUAAGCAAGUGAUAUGGUCUGAAAAUCUGGCCCUCUGUGUCAACAGGAACCUUGGUGAAGGAUGUGUUCAUUGUGUGUGAAUUAGUACAGAGGCAAGAGAGACAUGGGUCUGUGAUAGGGUGAUGGUGCACACUGCUAGGACAGCCCUCCCAGCCACACUGGCUGCUGUAUUAUUGAGGGCCACCAUGUGGCUCUAUAGUCUGUGCAUAUAUUUGUACACUGGUUAUGUGUGAGUCACUCCCCUGGACAGUUGUGUGGCAGGGCACCAUGAGGGCCGUCUUCUCCUCAGUACUGCGGCCACAACGCCCGGGAGUGUGGAUUGUAUAGUAAGUUGUAUGUGCAUUUAUGUAUCUCCUUUUGUACAGAAGUUCCCAUAACUUCCUUCUCAAAACAUUCAUGUGCAUCUAUUAUUUAUAUUUUUAUUUUUUCAUGUCAUGAAGCUGCAGAGUAUAACAGUCAGGGUGCCGAACAUAUCAGGCAGACCACACUGAGCAUCCUGGGAAUGGCACACCUCACUUAUCAGAUUCUAUUAUAUGAAUGCAAACCAAUAAAGUGAAGUUCAUC